AUGUGGCAGUGUGCGUUGGUGAACACUCACCGCCUUGGGAACCCCAUGGAGCCGCUGUGCUCGGACUGUCGGAUUGCUGGUGACUGUGUGGUAACAGUGUUGCUCGCUGAAGAGGAUAAAGUGGAGGAUGAUGUAGUGUUUUACUUGGUCUUCUCCGGCUCAUCCCUCCAUCACUGUGCAAGCACUCGGAAAAUCAGUUCAGAUACCUUGGAAACCAUCGCUCCUGGUCAUGACUGCUGUGAGACAGUGAAGGUGUUGCUCUGUGCUUCCAAAGAGGGCCUUCCCGUGUUUGUGGUGGCGGAAGAAGAUUUCCACUUCAUCCACGAUGAAGCAUACGAUGCAGCCCAGUUCCUGGCAACCAGUGCUGGCAACCAGCAGGCUCUGAACUUCACCCGCUUCCUUGACCGGUCAGGCCCUCCGUCUGGGGACGUGAAUUCCCUUGAUGAAAAGGUCGCCUUGGCAUUCAGACACUUGAAGCUACCCGCAGAGUGGAAUGUGUUGGGGGCAGAUCAGACUUCGCAUGGAAAAAAUGUGUAUAAGUACUUAUCAGUGACAAUUUACAUAGAAAUUCAGGAUGCAGGUAGCCCUGCCUGCUGCCACGAGAGCCCUGCCAAGGGCCAGAUAGAUUGCUCCAGUGUUGUGUCAGGCAUAGUUACGACAGAGAACACAGAUAGUUCCUGUGAGGAAAAAAACCAAGGCCUGCAGAAACAAAAGGAAGAGGUGGAGACAGCGCCCACUGUGGACGGUGGCACCGUUUCAGAUCAAUACAGCUGCCUUCCGAACAUGCCUGACUCUGGACAAACAGGCACGGGAGACCUUCCCGCCUGUGGAAACAGAAAGGAAGAGACUGGAACAAAAUCUUCCCGGGCGACUGCAGACCAGGAGUCUCUGAGCAGUGGAGACCACAUCGUGCAGGAAGACCUGGCUACAGCGCUGAGCACGGGCCAGCAGUUCUCUGGAGGUGAACUGACCGUUAGUUCCACAGCAGAUGUCACUGGCCCAGAGACUUCAGGGGACAUGGAACAUGGUCUUCUGAACCCAGAGACCACCCUCCAGAAGAACAUGCUGGAAUGCCCUGGAUGCUCAGGAACCGGCUGA